AUGGCUGCUGCAGAUAUCAAACUCGCCGAUUACCUCUUUGCACGGCUGCGCCAACUGGGCGUGCAGUCGAUCUUCGGCGUGCCCGGUGAUUUCAACCUGCGCCUGCUGGAUUUCGUCACUCCCGCAGGGCUCCACUGGGUGGGCAACUGCAACGAGCUCAACGCCGCCUACGCUGCCGAUGGGUAUGGACGCAUCAACGGCCUCGCGGCCGUGAUUACUACCUUUGGCGUCGGCGAGCUAUCGGCCCUCAAUGGGAUCGCCGGCGCCUACGCCGAGAAGACCCCCGUCGUCCAUAUCGUCGGCACGCCCCCGCGUGCCGUCCAGAGCGCGCGGACGUUUGUGCACCACACCUUCUCGGACGGCGACUUCCGCCGCUUUGCUGCCAUGUCAACGCAUAUCACCGCGGCGCAGACGAACCUGACUGACUCGGCCACCGCGCCGGAGCGCAUCGACUGGAUCUUGCAGCAGGCGCUGGUCCACAGCCGGCCCGUCUACCUCGAGAUCCCACAUGACAUGAACGACGUGCUGGUCUCUGCCGCAAACCUCAACUCCCCCAUUCAUGUCCCCGAAACUCCACGCGCGGCGCAUGAGCCUAAAGUCGUAGCUGGCGUGCUGGACCGAGUUUAUAGCGCGCAACGGCCCCUCAUCCUUGUAGACGGCGAAAGCGAGUCCCUCAAUAUUCUCGAGCAAAUCGAUACCCUCGUGCAGACCACCGGCUGGCCGACCUGGACCUCGAUAUUCGGCAAGAGCCUCGUCAACGAGCAGCAUCCGAACGUCUACGGGCUCUAUGCGGGCGCGUACGGGGACCCGCAGGCCAAGGAGUAUUACGACGGCGCGGACCUGGUGAUAGUACUUGGGCCGCAUUACAGUGACACUAACACCUUCCUGUUCUCGACUAUCGCGCCCUCCGCGGUGCGGGUGUCGUUCUCCGAGACCACCGUCCAGAUCGGCAACGACACCUACCACGACGUCUCGCCGCGCAGCGUCCUCUCCCAAGUCCUGCAAACACUGGAUGUCUCGCGCAUCUCCCGCCCCAAGAGCCUACCCUCCAAACCUAAGAUCUCCACGGCCGACAUCCCGAGCACAGAUCUCAUCGCCCAGAAAACCUUCUUCCGCCUGGUCAACCCCCUCUUCCGUGAGGGCGACAUCAUCCUAACCGAGACGGGCACAGCCUCGCACGGCGGCUCCGGGUUCCGACUCCCAGCCAAAUCGCGCAUCUUCGGCGCCGUAACCUGGCUCUCUAUUGGCUUCAUGCUCCCCGCAACACUCGGCGCGGCAUUAGCCCACCGCGAACUCAACGCCAGCGCCAGCGCCAGCGCCAAAACAGAUAGCCAGGUGAUAUUGUUCAUCGGAGACGGAAGCCUGCAAAUGACAGCACAGGAAAUCAGCGUCAUGAUCCGCGAGAAACUGCGCAUUGUCAUUUUCAUCCUGAACAAUGACGGCUACACCAUCGAGCGCGUAAUCCACGGCCGCAAGCAGGCUUACAACGACGUACCGUUCUGGCGGCACACUCAGGCGCUCAAUUACUUCGGCGCGGACGAAGACCACGUCGCCGGGAAUACCUUUACAGCGCGAACCUGCGGCGAGCUACAAACCGUGCUGGCGGACGAGCGCAUCCAGCGCGGCGAGGGCCUAAGAAUUGUCGAGGUGUUUAUGGGACGUGAGGAUGUGCAGGGUGUGUUGCUGGAUCUGCUGAAUAGGCAGGUUGCGAGGAGCAGCAGCUGUCCACAUAGAUUAGAAUGA